AUGGGGUUACGAGUAGCCCUAGGCCUUGGAGUGAAAGAGUUGGAGGUGUAUGGUGACUCCACUUUGAUAAUCUCCCAGAUUCAGAAUAAAUGGAAGAUCAAAGAAGAAAGGCUAAUGCAAUAUCAUGAAUGUCUUCAGAAGUGGGCCUCAAAGUUUAGCAAGAUCCAAUAUCAAUAUGUGCCAAGGAUGCAAAAUCAAAUUGCAGAUGCUUUAGCAACCAUGGCAUCCAUGAUGGAUGGAAUUAAGGAAGAUGAAGCUAGACCAAUAGUGGUGGAACAGAAAGAAGAACCAGCCUAUUGCAUGACAAUAGAAGAGGGUGAGGAAAAUAAUGGAGAAGGUGAAUGGUAUUCAGACAUCCUACAAUACCACAAGGAUGGGACAUACCCGAAGUCUAUAGACAAGAAUGAUCAAUUAACCAUCUGGAGGUUGUCUACUAAUUACAUUAUUUGUGGUGAAAAGCUUUACAAAAGAUCAUAUGAUUGA